GUUUUCUCUCCCUGUGGUCGUCAGCCGUUUAAUCUACUAAAGAAGAAGAAGAAGAGGAACCGGAAGUAAACGUUCCAUGGUCGCUGUCACUAGCUCAUGUCGUAGCACUUUAGUUGGACUUUUUCAAGCAGUUAAAAUGAACAAACCACAGGAGUUUGAUUCGUAUGAACUCGAGGAGCUCAGCGAUGAGGAGAGAGCUGAGAGCAGUUCGGAGGACGAGUUGGAGGUGCUGCUCAACGGGACGCCGGAGCAGAAGAAGAAGCUGAUCAGAGAAUAUCUGACGGGGGAGAGCGAGUCGUCGAGCGAGGAUGAGUUCGAGAAAGAGAUGGAGGCCGAGCUCAGCACCACCAUCAAGACCUUGGAGGGAACAUGGACCCCAGCAACAGCAGGUCCCUCGCUGAUGUGUUUGUGUGUGUUUCCUCUCAGGCACGAUAAGUACCAGACGCAGUACCGAGCCAUGUUCGUAAUGAACUGCAUCGUGAAGAGAGACGAGGUGUUGCGCUACAAGAUCCAGCAGGACCUGAAGCGCGGGAAGAGGAAGAGGCGGAGGGGACAGAGAGCGGAAACGGAAACAGAAAGCAUAGCUGACGAGACUCCGGAGCCUCAACCCGCGGGCAUGAACUCUGAGGAGGUCUACCACCCCGUCUGGUGCACAGAAUGCUCCACAGAAGUCGCCGUGUUCGAUAAAGACGAGGUUUACCACUUCUUCAACAUCCUGGCCAGCCACUGCUGAGAGACACCGGCAGGGAGGUUUUUAUUUCAGGGGGUUUGUCCGUGACUUUUCACCUCACUGCAGCUGUUUUAGCUACAGGAUUGAAGAAGAAGAAGGAGAAGGAGGAGGACUGAUGAUUUCUGUCUGAAAGGCCAGAAACAAAUUUGAUUAUAGACACUCUGAGUUGAUAUCAUCGUUGGUUUAUUUAACCUGCUUGAAGAGACGGAAACCAUCUGAAUAGCUUGGGAAUGUCAGCGGGAUAUCAUCGAUGUGUGACCUUUUUAAAUAUCUCACAGAAACUGGAAUUUGACACAACUCCUUUUUGCAGCUCCUACGAUCAGUACUGAACCGUAUAAAUAAUAAAACCCACAUUUGAGGCAGAAUAUUAUUACUUGUGAUAUAUUGAUUGAUACUCAAUUUGUUUUGACACCACACUCGACUCUUUUUGAUAUGGCUCGGUAACUUGGCUAAUUAGCAUUCAUAAUCAGUAUAUACAUAAUAAAUAAAUGAGGACGGACACUCCAGUUGUAAUAAUUUGAAUAUGUUUUCAGAGGAGAAGUUAUAAUUGUUGACAACCUGUCCUUUAAUAAACACUUAAGAAUGUCCUCAUAGCUGCAUAACACUACAUUAUGGGAUGUUAUGUAUGACAGGUGUUUGUACUGCUUAUGAAUGGCAAAAAGAGGGGCUUAAAGUUCGUUACUUGCCUAGAAACCUUUUUUUUUUUUUAAAGAAUUGUGAACAACGUGUACUGAGAAGGAUAUUCUUUGCUUCCUAAUAAACCUGCAAGUGCAUUCUGUUUAA